GCAGGUUUGCUUCGGCUCCCCGAGUUGAGACCGAUUUCCUGCCAACUCCCCCGGCCUCAGUCAGCGCAUCACAUAACCUGACCGGAUCUUCCUUUUAAAAUAUAACAGAAUAGAUCGCAUUCAGGUCUACAAGGAAUAAUGGACCUCGAUGCUGGAGACUCUCCGUGGGGCGAUGUGCCAUCACGGUCAGGCACAAGCCAUAUUUCAGAGCCUUCUGAAGAACACGGACAAUCGGCGCAGUCAUCCAGUCUGGGCGCCGCCCGUUCGCCGGUACGAGGAGCCCGACGAGGUCAUCGCAAGAUUAGUGCGCAGGCGACAAAAUUGGAAGCUGUUGAUGACAGUGUUGAUCCACUUGGUCCGCUUGGAGAGAGCUCGUCAUUCGACCAGCAGGCACCUACACCUCCUCAGAAAGAACCUCUCGCGCAGCGCAAUGCUCCUCCGACGUCGUCGUCUAGGCCCUCCACGGCUGGACUGUCGGAUUCUGUCGCUUUGGAAGAAGAUGGAGCUGGGAUAAGGGGUCCUCCGCCCGUACAACCUCCUACAGAUGCAGAAGGGCAGAAGAGGCAGCCACAACCUAGCAUUAGCGUGGAACAGGCCGCAAGGCCAACUUUCUAUAUUACUGUUGGUGACCCGCACAAAGUCGGGGAUCUAACGAGCAGCCAUAUUGUAUACCAAGUCAGGACCAAGACAACUUCGAAGGCAUACCGACAACCGGAAUUUGCGGUUGGCCGCCGAUACCGCGAUUUCCUUUGGUUGUAUAACUCACUCCACAACAACAACCCGGGCGUUGUCGUGCCACCCCCACCCGAGAAGCAAGCGGUCGGUCGAUUUGAUACGAAUUUCGUCGAGUCUAGAAGAGCAGCUCUGGAGCGCAUGUUGAAUAAAAUUGCGGCGCAUCCCAUUCUACAUCAUGAUGCGGAUCUCAAGAUCUUUCUGGAGAGCGAAUCUUUCAACCUCGAUAUCAAGAACAAGGAGAACCGGGAGCCCGACCUAGGCCAGAGCAAGGGGGUGCUCAGCUCUUUUGGUAUUUCGGUAGGUGGUGGUGGGAAGUUUGUGGAACACGAUGAUUGGUUCCAUGAUCGUAAGAUCUACCUAGACGCGCUGGAAAAUCAACUGAAAGGAUUGAUGAAGGCUAUCGAUACUGUGGUGGCACAGCGAAAGGGUCUCGCAGAAGCUGCAGGCGAUUUUUCUGCUUCCCUCCAUGCGCUAGCAUCCGUUGAGCUAUCCCCCGCCCUAUCUAGCCCGUUGGAUGGACUCUCCGAUCUCCAGCUACGCAUUCGAGAACUAUACGAGCGACAGGCACAACAAGAUGUCCUCACCCUAGGCAUUACGAUUGACGAAUACAUCCGACUGAUUGGAAGCGUGAAGACAGCCUUCUCUCAACGACAGAAGGCCUUUCACAGCUGGCAUGCAGCUGAGUCAGAGUUGCAAAAGCGAAAGCACACGCAAGAGAAGCUUCUUCGACAGGGCAAGACUCAGCAGGACCGCCUCAACCAGAUCAAUGCGGAUGUCGCGGAUGCGGAGAGGAAGGUACACCAGGCAAGACUUCUCUUCGAGGACAUGGGUAAGUUGAUGCGGAACGAACUGCAGAGAUUCGAGAAGGAAAAGGUUGAGGAUUUCAAAUCCGGAGUCGAAACCUUCCUGGAGAGCGCAGUCGAAGCUCAGAAGGAGUUGAUUGAACUGUGGGAGACCUUCCUCUUGCAGCUUGACACAGACGUGGAAGGCAAUCCACUCUAUCCUCCUGCUCCUGCAUCCGAGACUGCAUCUGCACCAGCCUCGGAGAAUCCGGAAGCUACUAUGGUAUCUCCGACAGAGCAGGAAGCCUAAAUCAGCUUGAUUCUUUCCCCCUAUUCUCUUUUCCUCUUCCGUCCUCUCUGUAUAUGUAAAUGCAGCAAUUGAUUUAUCACUUAUGCGGUAUACCACCUAUUAUGAUCUCGUACGGGCUGUGUAAGUUGUCACGGCUCAGACAGCUCUUGUCGAGCGACUUCGUUAUAGACAGGAACACUGUUAUUGAUCACUUUGAAACUGUCCUCUAUGAUAUCCUCCUAGAGAAAAGAUACAAUUGAUGCACUUGCUAUAUAAUGACCUCAACUGCUAGAUCUGGAACCUCGGUAAUAGUUGCUUGGCCAAAUACCGAUGUGACCUGCCACAUUUUUGUGAUGAUUCAUGAUUGACCAUAGACGCUAGAGUCAUAGACACAAAAGGUCUGGGGCCAAAUAGGCUUUGAACAAUCGAGGUCAGCAUGGGCAUAG